AUGCUUGUUGGCUUGCGGCCAUGUGAGGGUGAGGACUCAGAGUUACGCCAUCCAUCUCCACAGCAGGCAGGCAUGACAUUCACAGUGGAGCGCUCACGACGUGGCUUUGCAAAGUUGACAAAGUGUUGUGUACAAUUUGUUUCCGAUUCAUUUUAUCAAAUGCACAUGGCGUAUGGUUCAUCAUGGUCCCAAGCCCAGGUUGCAGAUGAACUCAUUCCUUGCGAGCAGGCGCUCCCAACCCGGUCCAACGUGUCCCUGGCUUUGGCCCUUGGGCCCCUCAGCUUUCGCUGCCACAUCUUGUGA